AAUAACUGUUCAAGACUUGCUAUAUAAGAAGUCACAAUGUGAAACGAAAUAAUAGAAUAGCAGAAAAGUGCUUAACAAGUUUGUUGGAGAAGCUGCAAGCAUGUUUUCAAUAGCGAGUGGUCGAUUUAAGAGAAGCCAAAAGGUGAAGGGGACAGUUGUGUUGAUGCACAAGAAUGUUUUGGACAUAAACGCACUCACUUCACUUCAAAGUGUCACUAGUUUAAUAAAAAGUGGAUUCAAAGCUGCUAAUGGUAUUGCUGGCUCAAUAUUGGAUACAUAUACUUCAACCUUAGGCUGUUCAGUGGCUCUCAGGUUGAUUAGUGCUACUAGUGCUGAUGAAAGUGGAAAAGGGAAAGUGGGAAAGAGAACGUUUCUUGAAGGUAUUGUUACUUCACUUCCAAUUUUAGGAGCUGGACAGUGUGCAUUUAAUGUUCAUUUCAAAUGGGAUAGUGAGAUGGGAAUUCCAGGAGCAUUUUAUAUUGAGAAUUUCAUGCUUGGAGAAUUUUUUCUUGUGAGUUUGACACUUGAAGAUAUUCCUAACCAUGGAACCAUCCACUUUGUUUGCAACUCAUGGAUUUACAAUACUACGAAAUAUAAAACCGAACGCAUCUUCUUCGCUAACAAGUCAUAUCUUCCAAGUGAAACACCGGCUCCGCUAGUGUACUAUAGACAAGAAGAACUGAAGACUUUAAGAGGAGAUGGAACGGGAGAGCGUAAAGAAUGGGAUAGAAUAUAUGAUUAUGAUGUCUAUAACGAUUUGGGAGCUCCUGACAAAAAAGCUAGUUUGGCUCGUCCUGUUAUUGGAGGAUCGAGCACUUUGCCUUAUCCUCGAAGGGGGAGAACAGGAAGAAAACCAGCUAAGAAAGAUGCGAAAAGUGAGAGUCGGAGCGACUUUGUUUACCUUCCAAGAGAUGAAUCAUUUGGUCACUUGAAGUCUUCGGACUUUCUUGUUUACGUACUCAAGUCGGUGUCUCAAAAUGUCAUACCUCAGUUACAAUCUGCACUAUCAUUACAGUUCAAUCGGCCAGAGUUUAAUACAUUCGAUGAAGUUCGUACUUUCUAUGAGGGUGGAAUUAAAUUGCCUACUAAUGCACUUAGCAAACUUAGCCCUAUACCAUUGUUCAAGGAACUCCUUAGAACAGAUGGUGAAGCACCUCUUAAGUUUCCACCACCUAAAGUGAUUCAAGUGAAUCAGUCUGGAUGGAUGACAGAUGAAGAAUUUACGAGGGAGAUGAUCGCCGGUGUGAAUCCACAUAUCAUCAAAAGACUUCAAGAGUUUCCACCUACCAGCAAGCUAGAUAGACAACUCUUUGGUGAUAAUACAAGCAAAGUAACCAAAGAACAUUUACAACCAAACAUGUCUGGUGUCACAGUUGAAAAAGCUAUCCAAACCAACAGAUUGUACAUACUUGAUCACCAUGAUCCAUUAUUUCCAUAUUUGAGGAAAAUAAAUGCAACUGACACAAAAGCAUAUGCUACUAGAACAAUCCUUUUCUUGCAAAAUGAUGGAACUUUGAAGCCACUGGCCAUUGAGCUAAGUAGCCCACAUCCACAGGCUGAUAGUUUUGGUCCAAUCAGUAAAGUUUACUUACCGGCAAGUGAAGGUGUUGAAGCUUCAAUUUGGCUCCUCGCUAAAGCUUACGUUGUUGUAAAUGACUCAUGUUAUCACCAACUUGUUAGCCAUUGGUUGAAUACUCAUGCAGUUGUUGAGCCAUUCAUCAUAGCAACAAAUAGGCAUCUUAGUGUGGUUCAUCCUAUUCAUAAACUUUUACUUCCACACUAUCGCGACACAAUGAACAUAAAUUCACUUGCAAGGAGUAUCUUGGUAAACGCAGAAGGUAUUAUUGAAUCGACAUUCUUGUUGGGAAGUUAUUCUAUAGAAUUUUCUUCUGUAGUAUACAAAGAUUGGGUUUUCACAGAACAAGGACUGCCUCAUGAUCUACUCAAAAGAGGAAUGGCGGUUGAGGAUGCAACUUCUCCGCAUGGUCUUCGUCUUCUGAUAGAGGACUACCCUUAUGCUGCUGAUGGACUAGAAAUAUGGGCUGCUAUUAAGACAUGGGUUGAAGAAUAUGUGAAUUUCUACUACAAGUCCGAUGCAACUAUUGUACAAGAUUCUGAACUCCAAGCAUUCUGGAAAGAACUUGUAGAAGUGGGUCAUGGUGAUUUGAAGAAUGCGACAUGGUGGUUUAAGAUGCAAACGCGUAAGGAGUUGAUUGAAGCUUGUGCCAUCCUCAUAUGGAUAGCUUCAGCACUUCAUGCAGCUGUUAAUUUUGGACAAUAUCCGUAUGGAGGAUACAUCCUUAACCGGCCAACGAAGACUAGAAGGUUAAUGCCUGAGAAAGGAACCCCUGAGUAUGACGAGCUUUCUAAAAACUACCAAAAGCAAUUUCUGAGGACAAUCACACCAAAGAAUGAUACUCUUACUGAUUUAACCAUUAUAGAGAUUUUAUCAAGACAUGCCUCUGAUGAACAAUACCUUGGAGAGAGAAUUGAAGGUGAUCUUUGGACUUCUGAUUCACAACCAAGAGAGGCUUUCAAGAGAUUUGGAAGGAAGUUGGCUGAAAUUGAGCAAAAACUCACUCAAAGGAACAAUGAUGAGUCAUUGAGAAACAGGUAUGGGCCUGUGAAGAUGCCAUAUACUUUGCUUUAUCCUUCUAGUGAAGAAGGAUUGACUUGUAGAGGCAUUCCCAAUAGUAUCUCCAUCUAAAAAAAUCAUGUAUGGUCAUGUUGUUAUGUAUGUAUGCUUGUUUGAUGGUUAUUAUGUUUUUAUUUACAUCAACAUAAAACUAUUGCAUCAGUUGCAUUCCUUGUGUUGGGAAAAAUAAA